AUGAGCUCUGCACGCAAUCAGGGCUGGGUCCCGCAGUCAGCUGGUGAUACCCAACACAAUGUACGAGAUGCUGCACUGCGGGGCGCCUCGAAAGCCUUCUCCAAACCUCCACCGAAGCCAAAGCCUUUGGUAAAUACGUAUACUGGAGGAAACAAUGGGGCUUUGCUGGCUGCAACCAAAGUCGGAACUGGCAGCCCAGCAUCCUUGCGAAGCCAUCAUACCGGCGGAUCCGUGGGCGUCAGCAAGCCGAACCUGUCCAAGUCGAACAGCUCCAACUCGCUGAGCGUGCCUGACGAUCACCCCGACCGCGUCUCCUCGCCUUCGAAUAUCGCAGCUCGCCUUGCUGCUGCUCGACACAGUCCUCUGCGGCCCAUACCCCAAGCAGCUGUUCCGCCCACUAUGAGCGAGCACCAGCCAAAUGAGAAGGAUGUGCUGCCCCCCUCGGGCAGCGUGGGGAAUGUGCUUGCAAGGCUCGAAUCUAAGAAACCUAGCCAGCAGCCGCGCAAGAGGAGAGACAGCCUCGAAUCGCAAUCAGCUGCCAGCAGUACCCGACGGCCAGAGCCGCAACACAAGCCUACCGAUGACACCCCUAUACCGCCCACGAACUCGCUCGUCAAGAUGUUUGAACAAGCGCGACCUAGUACGCCCACCAAGCCCUCCGCGCCGAUACGGGUUGCGCAGAACUCCCCACCCCCUGUGCGAUCGCCGAAGCCGCAGCGUGCGUUCAAGUUACCUCCCGAGCCAAAAGACGACGCACCCCUGCAGAGAGUCAGGACGCAGACACCACCGCCUGUCAAACCAAAGCCGAAGCACAAGAUCACGCUGCCUCCACAGCAUGUCGAUGGCAGUAGCGAGCAAGCAUACUUCAAUACACCCAAGAAGGACCCCCUGAAAUCUCCUCCGAUCAGGCAAAAGCCAGUGCAGUUGGCAGCAAUCAACACAUCGAUUUCUCCGCCCUCGAAGCCGCCGCCGAGGGGUUCUCGGCAAACACGGCCAAAGUCUCAGGACAUGACGCAGUCGACGUCCUUACAGCGGCGCAGGGUGUCUGCGUCUGUAGAGAGUCAACAGUCACCUUCGACACCUUCAUCCUUCAAGUCAGCCAAAGAAGAGCAGGAGGAGGAUGAGAGGCUCAGACCCGCUGUACCUCCGCCGCGACGAUCGACUGCGCGGAAAACAGACCCUGUGCCGGCUGCCAACAAACUUCAGCCUUCAGCUCCGAUACAAAUCAAACCUCGCACCCAAAGCCAGAACCCAGAUUCGAUGCCUCCACUACAGAGACCCUCGCCUCCUCGUCGGCCAACAUCAACCAGCGGAACAAAUUCACCUUCAGUGUAUCACAACAAUUACCAGCGGGAAUCUGUCAGGCAGAUUACACAGCACAUGACUGGCGAGUCUCUGUCGAGCGCCAUAAUGGGAGCCGCCAUAGCCUCGCAUUCUCGCAACGUCUCACCCGCACCUCGACCCAUGUCGGUCGAACCUCUUUUCCCGCCGCGCAAACAGCACCACCAUCACUCGCCGUUCCACCGAUCGCCCUCACCACCUAAACAAUCACCUCCGAAGAGCGCCGGGAAGAUGCGAACCACGAUGCGCAAAGAACCGUCGUCGGAUGAUGAGGACGACAACAAGGUCGACAAAUACAAGAAGAAAGGCACACGUAUUAUGGGCAUCAAAGGCCGCAAACACCCAAACAAACACCAUGAGGGCACGCGAAAGCGAUGGCGCGAUCAGAUAACCGAACGGGAGCGGAAACGCUACGAAGGUGUAUGGGCAGCAAACAAGGGUCGUCACAUAUCCUCGCCUGCUAACGCACCUCCUGACGACGACCCAUCGGCCGACGUUUUGAAUAUUCUUGUCAAAGAGAUCUGGACGAGGAGUCGGCUGCCUAUACAUGUGUUGGAGGAAGUUUGGGAUCUCGUAGACGGUAGAGGUGUUGGAAGGUUGAGCAGAUAUGAAUUCGUUGUGGGCCUAUGGUUAAUUGACCAAAGAUUGAAGGGACGAAAGCUGCCAGUCAAGGUCAGUGACAGUGUGUGGCAGAGCGCCAGGGGCGUUAAUAUCAAAGUAAAGAUUCGAGGUUAG